AUGUCACACCAGAGAAAAACUUGUCUCAAGUUUCAGUCUUUCUCCUACAAAGAAAGGGGCCGACUAUCCCAAAGAAAGGACUUGGAUGUUGUAUAUGUCACCCACAAAAAAUCAAAGGAAAAAAGAGGAAAACCUUCUGAGUCACAGGCUGUCCUGAUCCCUCCUAUGAGAUUUCACAACAAGAGUCGUCAGAAUCCUGUAGUCCAUGAAAAAGAACAAAAUUUAGUCCUCAAGAACUGGAAGGGAUUCCCAGAGACUUUGACAGGGAGCUUCAUGGGGAUUUCAGUUCACAGAAAUCGGUACCGUGAAUUGAUGAGGGCAUCUCGCCAAUGGAGGGAUUUAAUGAACCGGAAACAAUUUGGAUUUUGGCAUGAUAUUGUGGUAAAGCCAGGGGCCAGUUAUUUGGCUCUGUUUUGUGUGGUCUGUCCACAGCCUGGCAUCAACAUACCCCUCACUUGGCAGGACCAGUAUGAAAGUCUUGGAUCUACAACAGUCGUUCUGAGCUGGCUGGCAGACAUAUGGUUAUAUAUGGACCUUGUGCCUCAGCCAGCCAGCCAUGGGUAUAUGGUGACAGAGGCUGAUUAUCAGGCUCAUUUAUUGUCAGCCAAGGAGAGCAAGAAGAGGUUCUCUUGCAGCAAUCACCAUGCUGUUAAUACAGCAAAUGCAAAUCGGAGUAAUCAGAUUAGAGCAACUGGAGUGGCUGCUACUGCUUGUGCAUGUCAUGGAUGCUUUGUUUCUCACACUGUGGUAGAUUUUCAGAAGGAUGAACGGGUGUCAGUGGUGUAUUCAUUUUGUGGAGUGUAUCAACAACUCCCCAGGAUUAUCGCUCCCCAAAAAAGGGAAAUACUGACAGCUGUUGGUAAAUUCCAUCUCAGCACGCACAAACUCCCCUGCUUUGCAAGAUUUAGUCUUAACUUCAUCAAGGGUGCUGGCCAAGUGGAUGGAGAAAUUUUGGAGACUUUUGGGGCAUCUUUUAAUGAAAUAUCACCCACUGCACAGUCCAUGAGUCAAUAUCAUCGACAGGAAAUAUUUGAUGAUCACAUGAGAGACUCUAAUUGGAAGAAAUUGGUUGGAAUCAUCAAGACUCUCUUGAAAAAGCAUAAAUGUGCUGUCAAGGGUGAAAAGGAUGAGAAGAUUGCAGCAGAGCUUCAGGGGGAACAUCUUGACAUUUAUCAUUUGAAGAUUAAUAAAGCCCCCACAAUGGCUGAGAUCUGGUUAAGAUUAACUGAAUUGGAGACUUCUGAAAUAGGCAGGCCAGGAUCUAUUUCUUGGAUCAUUCAGGAGGGAAUAGAACUGGAUACAGCAGAAGCUGAUGAACAAGCCUGGGAAGUUGCAGAUGAAGAUGAUUCAGAAUUGAUUGAUGAAGAAAUUCCAGCAGAAGAUAUGGGCAUCUGGAUGCCAUCAUCAAAAAGAUCUGAUUGGCUCUUGGUUCAUGAGAGUCAACAAGAUGCUUGGAUAGAUGAAUUCUAUAGGGUUAACUGGUUAAAGGCAAAGGCUAGUGGAGGAGAGGAUGUAGAGAACAAGUUUAAGGACCAUGUGUUGUACCACAUGAUGAAGAAUGAACAACCGGACAACUGGCUUGCAAUAAUCACACUGGCCAGGAGUCUCAGGGUUGGUGAACAACCGGCCAGACUGGAUCUGCAUGUAAUAGGAGUGAUGCUGGCCAAAUCACACCAGUCAUUUAUCAUCAGCACUUUCAAAGUGCUGAUUCUGUCUGGGCUGGUACAAGGUGUUAUGCUGGCCAGGGAAUGGGUAAUACAGAAUGAUACCGGCCAGUGUGCUUCUAUGUGA